CGCCGCUUCACGGUCUCCCCGACCGUUUCCAUCGCCCUUGAAGCCGACAGCACCGAGUCCCCCCAGAUCUUCAUCGACGCCUCCACGGGCCAGCAAACCGUCUUCAUGACGUGGGCGACCACUGAGCCUUGCCCCGGGUACGCGGUCGCCAGCGAACCGGUCGGUGACUUGAGCCCGGGUUCUUUCAACGUGGACGGAGCCCAGGUUGUGAACUUUAGAAGGGACGUUUCGGCGGGGGGGCCGCGAAGAAGGGCGCUUUUGCAGGCGACGGCGCAGGGGGCAAACUCGUCCGGAGCGGUCGGAUACAGCUUUCAGGUAGUACCGACCGGUUCCGGACCACAGCUGUUGAGGAUGGCGGUCAACCCAGGGAACGUUUUCGACCAGGCGGGGAGCCCUAUCCGAUUGACGUUGGAAUCGUCAUAUGUCAUUUACUACGGCAAACACUGUUCCCCCGAGCGCCCUCCUACAACUGACACCGUUCCCCCGAGCGCCCUCUUGCAAUUGGUAACCAAGGAUCCGAACGGUGUGGUUUCGCUGUCAAGUGACCCGGGACUUUCCCCCGACCAGGUCGUAACGCUGAUGGUGUCGUUCGACAAGCGCGUUUCUGGGUUCGAUGGGAACACGAUGGUUAUCAGCAACGGCACGCUUAUCAAGGCCGGUCCGAAUGCGGACGCCCCGGACGGCUUUUCGUACGUCCUCACAGUGGCGAUCGUUCCAAAGGCCAACCUCGUGAUCCAAGCCCCCGCGAACAUCGCUUACAGCAUCGUCGGGCUCGGGAACACGGCGUCCAAUCAGCUGCAAGUGCUCAACUAUGACGUCAAUGAGAAUAUUCAAACGGGCGUACGGACAGCGGCGAUCGCGUCUCUGGCGGUCGUGGCAACGGGCGCUAUCCUGCAGACAUCUUCGAGCUUAUUCAUUAAUGUCGCUUCCAGCCUUAUCCUGUUUGCCGCGCGCCGGAGCCUCAACGCCCCGCUUCCGACCCCUUACAUCGACGCCAGUUCCGCUCUCUCCUUCCCCCUGUUCCGCUGGCCAUCCCCUUUCGACGGAAUCACUCGCGACAGCCCCAUCCCCUAUACGGACCGCCCACAAGCGCUCAUCUCUAGCAUUCCGUCCGGCGGAACGAACGGAACGCUAGCCGCCACAAGCGAGCGGCUCGGCCGGCUGCUGCUCCAGGCGCAACCAGAAAUUCAAAUCAACGGAACGGCUACCAGCGGAACGCCGAUUAACGGAACGUUGACCAGCGGAACCUCUGUAUUUGUCCCUUUCAACGGAUCCUUUCCGGCCGUUCCGGUCAAUCCGACACCCAUCAGCGGAACCAUUCCGGCGAAUACGUCGCUGAUUAAUCAGGCUCGUCCCGUGACCUUUAGAGAUGGGAACAUUUCGUACGAGGCGCGCGCUGACGCGUACAGCCAAGAGCUGAGUGUGAAUACGCUCAACCUGUUUCAUACUUUGGGCCAUAACGGGCUGCGCGGUCUUCUCCGGGCCGUGUUUUGGAUCACCGUGACCCUGCUCUUCAUCGGGUUUCUCCAGCUGUCCGCGAAACCGCUGGCGCGGCUCCUGAAACGAGAAACGGUCCCCUCGUUCCUGGUGUUUCCAGCCUUAGAGCUGACCUUUUUCUCCGUUGCUAUCGUGGCGCUGACCUAUGCCGCAAUGGGAGCGCUCGUUGGUAAAUCGGCAGCGGGCAUCGUGCUGGGCAUGGCCGUUCUGCUCCUCAUCCUAGUCUUUUUCUUGUUCGUGCUGUCAAUCCUGUGGCGCCACGUGGUCAUGCAAGUCGGUGCUUUCGUCUCCGAGCAACAACGUUCCGGCAGGGGGUCCCUCGGGGCCUGGUUCAGAGCCCCCUUCGUCGGUUCCUGGGAACCGGUAGACUCCGCAGAAGGCGACCUCUUCCGGGCGAAGUACGGGUACUUUUACGCCGACUACUCCGGUCGCCCCUCCGAACUGGUGAACAUCGGCCCGCAGCUGAUGCGGUCGCCGACCCGGAAGGGCGCCCCGACCACUCUGUCCUCCAGGACGCUCUCCCGAAGGAGCGGUUCGUGGUCCCCGGCCGUCGAUGCUCUUUUGGAACCCAACCCGGAGGAAGGCUCCGCUGUUCCGCUCACCAGUGAGUCCGCCCGGGUUCCGCAAGCGGAAAAGGACGCCUCGAUCACCGGACCCGCCGUCGUCGAGAUUGAGGAGGAGGAGAAGCGCGUCGUCCAGUUCACACCGGCGGAGACGGAUGACGUCACCUUCGCGUCAGCGGAGGAGCCCCUUGACAAGAGACCCACGUCAGCGAAGUGGGAGGCGCCGCUCGAGUCCGCGCCUGGGAAAGCGCCCGGGAAACUCGCCCGGGCGCAAAGCGUGCGGUCGGUUCACCGGGUCGGAAGAGUGGGACCCGCGGCGCACCUCCGGCCGGCGUGGAAACUCAUGUACCUUCUGGUGGUCGUUAUCGAAGCGGCUCUGCUGGGCGCGACUCACGGCGUGCGCGCGUCUUACUGGCAGCCAUUCAUUCGCGCACCACUCCAGCUGGCCGAGGUCUUCAGCACGGUGUCCGAGCUUGCUGUUGUCACGCUGGCGUUGGCGCUCGUGGUGAAGCAGGACGUCAGCCCGCAGGGGCAGCUGCGCAAAAACGAGGAAGCGCUGGGCUACACAAUGAUCGCGCUGCAGCUGCUGGCCAUCUUCAGCGGCGUACUCAACGCGCUCGUCUCCGUGACACUGAGGCUCGUGGGGAACUUGUGGGGCAAGAAGGAAGCGCUUCCGGUGCACUUUUAG